GCGGGCGCGCAGGGUUGGCGCCAAGUGGCUCCGGUGCUCGGGCCUCCGAGCUCCGCGCAGCUGCGGGACUGCAGGCGCGGCGUGUGCCGCCCUGCUCGGCCCUGGCUCUUGCCCGUCCUGUGGGCCCGGCCGCCCCUCCCCGAGCUCGAGGGACCGGUUUGGGACCGGGGCGCAGGGCAGGCCCAGGGGCUGCGCCUCCCCUCCCCGGUGUCCCAGGCCGGCCGUCCCACCGCGCGGGGCGGCUGCGUCGUUGCCCAAGUGGCCUGGCGCCCCAGGAAGGCUGGCUGCAGGCUCCUGGUGCCCCUCUGUGCCGUCGGGCCUCCCUGGAGCACAGCCUGGGGUCCCAGCCGCGGGCUGGCGUCGCUCAUCUGCAGUGGCUGAGACCCCAUGUCAGAGGGGUCGUGUCUCUCCCACAGCCCGGGUGCCAGCCAGCCUGUGUCCUGAGAACGGGCCAGCAUGCCCAAGAUAACCCUGAACGGCGUGGCCGUGGAUUUCCCAUUCGAGCCCUACAAAUGCCAGGAGGAGUACAUGAGCAAGGUGCUGGAGUGUCUGCAGAAGAGAGUAAAUGGCAUCCUGGAGAGCCCCACCGGCACGGGGAAGACGUUGUGCCUCCUCUGCAGCACGCUGGCCUGGCGGGAGCACCUCCGCGACGCCAUCUCUGCCCGCAAGAUUGCUGAGAGGGUGCAAGGGGAGCUUUUCCUUGAUCGCACCUUGUCAUCCUGGGGAGAUGCCGCUGCAGAUGGAGACGGCGCAGCUUGCUACGCGGACAUCCCAAAGAUCAUUUAUGCCUCCAGGACCCACUCACAGCUCACUCAGGUCAUCCGCGAGCUGCGGAACACCUCCUACCGGCCAAGGGUGUGUGUGCUGGGCUCUCGGGAGCAGCUGUGUAUCCACCCCGAGGUGAAGAAGCAGGAGAGUAACCACAUGCAGAUCCACCUGUGCCGAAAGAAGGUAGCAAGUCGUUCGUGUCAUUUCUACAACAACGUAGAAGAGAAGAGCCUGGAGCAGGAGCUGGCUACCCCCAUCCUGGACAUCGAGGACCUGGUCAAAAGCGGGAACAAGCACAAGCUGUGCCCCUACUACCUUUCUCGGAACCUGAAGCAGCAGGCUGACAUCAUCUUCAUGCCUUACAACUACUUGUUGGACACCAAGAGUCGCCGGGCACACAGCAUCGACCUGAAGGGGACGGUUGUGAUUUUCGACGAAGCUCACAAUGUGGAGAAGAUGUGCGAGGAGACGGCAUCCUUCGACCUGACCCCGCAUGACGUGGCGUCUGGGCUGGACGUCCUAGACCAGGUUUUGGAGGAGCAGACCAAGGCGGCACAGCAGGACGAGCUCCGCUUGGAGUUCAGUGCUGACUCUGUCAACUCAGGGCUGCACAUGGAGCUGGAAGACCUCGCAAAGCUCAAGAUGAUCCUGCUGCGCCUAGAGGCGGCCAUCGAUGCUGUCGAGCUGCCUGGGGACCACAGCGGCGUCACCAAGCCAGGGAGCUACAUCUUCGAGCUGUUCGCCGAGGCCCAGAUAACGUUUCAGACCAAAGGCUGCAUCCUCGACUCCCUGGACCAGAUCAUCCAGCACCUGGCAGGACGCACGGGGCUGUUCAGCAACACAGCAGGCUUGCAGAAGCUGUCGGACAUCAUCCAGAUCGUGUUCAGUGCAGACCCUGCCGAGGGCACGCCCGGCUCCUUGGGGGGGCCUGGGGCCUGUCAGUCCUACAAGGUUCACAUCCACUCUGAUGCUGGUCACCAGAGGAAGGGUCCCCGGUCAGAUGCCUGGAGCAGCACGGCUGCCAGAAAGCCAGGGAAGGUGCUGAGCUACUGGUGCUUCAGCCCCGGCCACAGCAUGCGGCAGCUGGUGCAGCAGGGCGUCCGCACCGUCAUCCUCACCAGCGGCACGCUGGCCCCCGUGUCCUCCUUUGCCCUGGAGAUGCAGAUCCCUUUCCCAGUCUGCCUGGAGAACCCACACGUCAUCCACCAGCAGCAGAUCUGGGUGGGCAUCGUCUCCAGAGGCCCCGACGGAGCCCAGCUGAGCUCUGCCUUUGACAAGCGGUUUUCCGAGGCCUGCCUGUCCUCCCUGGGUAAGGCGCUAGGCAACAUCGCCCGCGUGGUGCCCCACGGGCUCCUGGUCUUCUUCCCGUCCUACCCCGUCCUGGAGAGGAGCCUGCAGUUCUGGCGGGCCCACGACUCGGCCGGGAAGCUGGAGGCGCUGAAGCCCGUGUUUGUGGAGCCACGGAACAAGGGCGGCUUUCUCCGAGGUCUGGCUUGGGGCUGCGUGGUGGACGCCUACUACGCACGAGUCGCCUGUCCCGGCUCCAGUGGGGCCACUUUCCUGGCCGUGUGCAGGGGGAAGGCCAGCGAGGGGCUGGACUUCGCAGACAUGAACGGCCGAGGUGUGAUCAUCACGGGCCUGCCGUACCCCCCACGCAUGGACCCCCGGGUUGUCCUCAAGAUGCAGUUCCUAGACGAGAUAAAGAGCCACAGGGGCCCAGGGGGCCAGCUCCUCUCCGGGCACGAGUGGUACCGGCAGCAGGCGUCCAGAGCUGUGAACCAGGCCAUCGGGCGGGUGAUCCGUCAUCGCCAUGACUACGGGGCCAUCUUCCUCUGUGACCACAGGUUUGCCCACAUGGACGCCAGGGCCCAGCUGCCCUCCUGGGUGCGCCCCCACGUCAGGGUGUACGACAGCUUCGGGCCUGUCAUCCGCGACGUGGCCCAGUUCUUCCGCGUGGCUCAGAAAACUAUGCCUGUGCCCGCCCCCCUGCUUGCUGCCCCAAGUUUGGGUGAGGGAGCUGGUGCUGCCGUGGUGGCCGCGUCGCCUGGGCCCCUCUCCACCAGGAAGGCCAAGAGUCUGGAUGUGCACGUCCCCAGCCUGAGGCGGACACCCCCGGGGUCGCCGGCCGCCAGGGACGCCGAGAGCAGCCUGUGUGUGGAGUAUGAGCAGGAGCUGGGCCUCGCCCCGCGGAGGCCUGUGGGACUGCUGGCCGCCCUAGAACACAGUGAGCAGCAGGCCGGGGGGCCUGGGGACAAGGCGCCCCCCGAGGAGGAGCAGGCACUAGACCUCCCCACCUCGUCCGUCCUGCGUGAGAAGAGGGCGGCCCAGGAGCAGAGAGCGGGGCGGAGGAAGAUCAGGGUGCUGGGUGACCGUCAGGAGGGGCCGGCAGCCGAGACGCAGGCGGGCAGGGCCAAGCUGUACAUGGUGGCCGUGAAGCAGGCGCUGAGCCAGGCCAGCUUUGACACCUUCACCAGGGCCCUGCAGGACUACAAGAGCUCCGACGACUUCGAGGCGCUGCUGGCCCGCCUCGGCCCUCUCUUUGCCGAGGACCCCAAGAAGCACGGCCUGCUCCAAGGCUUCUACCAGUUUGUGCGGCCGCACCACAAGCAGCGGUUCGAGGAGGCCUGCGUGCAGCGGACAGGCCGCGGCUGCGGCUACCAGCCCGAGCACAGCCUUCCGCGGCAGCGGGCGGCGGCCCCGGCCCCCAGGGGAAGCGGGGAGUGUGACCUAAAGCUGACCCUGUCCCAGGGGGUGGCCAGGCAGCUGGACCCCGGGCAGCACCUGAACCAGGGCGGACCGCACCUGCUCUCCGGGCGGGCACCUGCAGGAGACCCCAGCAGCCGGCCCGGGGAGGAGCCCAGAGCCGCCGCCGCUGCACAGAGGCAAGGCCCGCCUGCCGCCAGGGCCUACUUGGCCGACGUCCGCAGGGCCCUGGGGUCCACGGGCUGCAGCCAGCUCCUGGCCGCGCUCACCGCCUACAAGCGGGACGAUGACUUGGAGAAGGUGGUGCCUGUGGUGGCCGCGCUCACCACGUCGAGGCCUGAGGACUUCCCGCUGCUGCAGAGGUUCAGCAUGUUCUUGAGACCUCACCACAAGCGGCGUUUCCGGCAGACGUGCGCGGACCUGAUGGGCCCGGCUGCCCCAAGCACGGAGGCUGCCCCAAGCACGGGGCCCGGGCCAGGCCCCCAGGAGGGGGCCCCCACCGCGCCGCCGGACCUCGCCCCUCCAGGCGCCCCCCAGCAAGAGAAGCCGGGGACCACCCAGAGCAAGAUCUCUGCCUUCUUCCCACCGAGGCCCGUCGGGGAUGCGGGGGCUCCCAGGCAGCCCCCCAGCGCCCCCCGCAGGCAUGCACAGCCCGAGUGGGCAGGCUUGGCGUGCCCGGGCUGCGGGCUGGAGGACACGGUCCCUUUCCAGUGCCCUGCCUGCGACUUCCACCGCUGCUGGGCCUGCUGGCGCCGGCUCCUCCAGGCCUCUAGGACCUGCCCGGCCUGCCGCGCCCCCGCCAGGAAGCAGAGCAUCGCGCAGGUGUUCUGGCCGGAGCCCCGGUGAGCGCGCAGACCCCGGGGCAGGCGGACGCUCCCAGGACACGCAGCCGGACACGUGCUCUUCACGGGGUGUGGGCCUGCCCGGAAGGCCCAAGCCACCUCGAGGUCGGGGUGGCUGUCAGCAGAGAGGUGCAGGUUGGGAAGUCCUCUUGGCUGCUGACUGUGGGUGGAGCCCCGAGACCAGGACUGGAAGGUGGGGCACCCCUGUGCCCUGCCCUCUGGACCCUGUGUGGGCCCUGGACCUGCUUUUAAUCAGGUGACCGGCCGCGUAAUAAAGUUGCUGACACUGUC